AUGGCAGCCAGUAAAGCUGGGGCGGUUUUGGCCAAAAUACUUGGUAUCGAUCUCGAGGCCAGCAAUCGUCAUCAGACACCGGAGCUACAUGAGCAUAUCGCCAAGACUAUUUCACCUUACAAGCCCUACUACGAGGAGGACCCGACAGUAAAGGAAUGGUUAUUAGAACACGUCCCGACAAAGAACGGAUCGGCUCGCUAUCUCAAGAGCCUAUUUCCAUUUACAACAUGGAUCUUCAGAUACAAUGCUCGCUGGCUUAUCUCUGAUGCCAUCGCAGGUGUCACACUCGGACUCGUAGUCAUCCCCCAAGCCAUGGCAUAUGCCCUCCUGGCACGCCUCAGCCCCGAAUAUGGUCUCUACACAUCCUUCACUGGCGCAGCUCUCUACUGGAUUUUCGGCACAUCGAAAGACAUUGCGAUAGGCGCAACAGCAGUGGUCUCCCUCCUCGUUGGCAAAAUCAGCGCCAAAGUCCUUGAAGAACAUCCGGGCGAAUUUCAACCCGAAGAAAUCUCCAAAACCCUUGCCUUCUUAGCGGGCGCCAUCCUCCUUGCCUUCGGCCUGCUCCGCCUCGAUUGGAUCAUCGAGUUUAUCCCUCAUGUCGCCAUCUCUGCCUUUGUCACCGCUGCCGCAAUCACCAUCACCCUCAGCCAGGUGCCAUCCCUUCUUGGUAUCGACGGCGUCAACUCCAAGGGCGCUGCGUACCGUGUCUUCAUCGAUACCGCCAAGGGUCUGCCCCGAGUGAAGCUUGACGCCGCUAUCGGCCUGACGGCGUUGGUAUCGUUAGCCGCAAUCAAGUGGUACUGCGAACGUAUGGCAAAAGCACGGCCAAAGCACAAGCGCAUGUGGGAGAUGCUCUGCUCACUGCGCAUGACCUUUACAGUUGUGCUUUACACACUUAUAAGCUUUUUGGUGAACCGGGGCUUGGCGGGCGAAGACCACAAGUUUCGCAUCACUGGGACGCUCCCUCGGGGCUUCACCCACGCUGGCCCACCCAGCUUGAAUCCAAAGUUGAUCUCAGCUCUGCUGCCGGAUCUCCCAGCCACAGUCAUUAUCCUCGUGAUCGAGCAUAUUGCAAUCGGGAAAUCAUUUGGCCGCAUCAACAACUACACCGUCCAGCCGUCGCAGGAACUCAUUUCAAUCGGCUGCACCAACCUCUUUGGCCCCUUUCUCGGCGCAUACUCCUCAACCGGCUCCUUUGGCGGCACCGCGAUCCUCUCCAAGGCCGGGGUGAGGACGCCCCUGGCUGGUGUCUUCAACGGCGCAAUCCUGCUUCUCGCCUUGUACGCCCUGACCUCAGUGCUCUACUUCAUUCCCAUGGCCAGCCUAGCCGCACUUAUCAUCCACGCCGUGAUCAACCUCAUCACCUCGCCCGACCACAUUUUCAAGUCAUGGCUCAUGUCACCACCCGAUGUCUUCAUCUACUUUACUGGUGUGUUUGUAUCGAUCUUUACCAGCAUCGAAGACGGAAUCUAUGUUACCGUUGCCCUCUCAGCAGCUUUACUUCUGCUGCGACUUGCGCGAUCUAAAGGCCGAUUCCUGGGCCAGGUGCGUGUCUACCGUCAUCAGAAUCAUGCCGCCUCCGCCGAUCAGAAAGACUCAGAUCAUCAUUCCGUCAGCAGCUCGAACACCCUUUCGCAUAACAGGACCUCGUCUUCGAUUCGUCCCCCAGCACACGAUGUCUUUCUCCCAAUUGACCGCAGAGAUGGCACCAACCCAGCUGUGCAUGUCGAUGAGCUGUAUCCAGGUGUUUUUAUCUACCGAUUCACCGAGGGCUUCAACUACCUCAACCAAGCGCAGUAUGUAGACCGGCUGAUCGAGCACGUUACCCAAUCAACCAGACGUACCACCACGCCUCACUACGAUCACCCUGGGGAUCGCCCUUGGAACGAAGCUCUUCCGCCGGCGUCCGUCGAAACCGAUACAGAGUCUCCCGCAACGUCCAAACCAUUGCUCCGAGCCAUCGUUCUUGACUGUUCCGCCGUUAAUAAUAUGGACUCGGGGGCAGUCGAGGGUCUUAUUGACCUCCGUAACCAACUUGAUCGGUGGGCGGUGCCUGAACUGGUUGAGUGGCAUCUCGCAGGCCUACACAACCGAUGGACCCGCCGCGCUCUAUCGGUCUCUGGCUUCGGCUCUCCGGCUGUGGGUCACGUAAAGAGGUGGGAGCCGGUGUUCAGUCUGGCCGACCUAGCAGGCAGGCCACCUAUGCUUUGUGACCGACGGGUCUCCACAGCUGGGAUGAAGACGGCAUGCGUAGCCAGCGACUCUGAGGAUCUUUCAUCCUCAGCACUGGAGGAAUGCAACUUUGGUUCCAAGGAAAGUGGGACCAGGCACUUUGCCGCCGUCAGUGGGAUCAAUAGACCGUUUUUCCAUCUUGAUCUCUCCUUGGCCGUCGAGGAUGCGGUGAAAAACGCGAUGAACAAGGAUCAUCAGCCAGGAGUUUGA